UCACCGAAGACUCAUAAUUAAAGAUGGCGGAAUGUACGAAAUUUUCGUAACUGUGAGGUUUUCGUUUAUUUUCUGGGAACUUUGAAAAAUGGGCUUGCCAAAUCUAACCGCAGAGGAGGAGUACCUUCUUAGAAAGUUCGCUUUGUUGAAGAAAAGGAAAAAGGCAUUGCAAAAGUCCAAAGAAAAAGUCGAAAAUCCCAGUAGUAUCAAGCCGGGUACGAAGCGUGAUGCUCCAGCAGAAAUUAGCCAUGCUCCACAGGAUGCAAAAGAGAUUGCCAAGAAACUGAUUGCCUCAGGGGAGGUGAAGAUUAAAAAAGAUCCUGUCCAUAGGGAGUUCAAAAGGGCCAAAGGAGGAGAAAGAAGACAGAAGGAUUUCUUACAGCAACCAACAUUCAACAGGAAUGAGCAGCAGGCACGUGCUAUAGCGAUGAAGAGUUUAUAUGAAAGUAGCUUUGUACCCUCUUCUACCUCACAGAACAGGCGCUUCUCAGGAGGGCAAGGGUCAGAUAGAAGAAGUUGGUCUGAUGAUCAAUCAAGAAAGGGUAACACUAUCUUUGUCAAAGGAUAUGGAUUAACAGAAAAAAUCCUCCAGGAAGACUUCACUAAAUUUGGUAAGGUUCAAAAUGUCAACUUUGAGAGAGAAAAGAGCCAAGGUUUUGUUACACUAGACUCUUGUGAAGCAGCUGAAAAAGCGAUUGAUGAGAUGAAUGGUAUGAUGGUGUCUGGUGUGCAUAUCAAAGUAGCUCUUUCCUGGAGGCAACCCAACAUGGGUGACACACAAGGACAUCGAAGACCCGGUCUGGGAAGCAGAGAUUCAAGAGGACAUAGUUCAGGUUUGCAGUCGCGGGAAGCCAGGGAAAUUGUUUCAUACGACGAUCUAUAGCGUUAAAUUAAAUCUGUAGUUAUAUUUGAUAAAAGCAAUAGAUUUUCUACUUAUUUCUUCAUUGGCUAUUCAUAAAGAACCUUUAAAAUAUUAGUUCACCGAAAAGCAAAAACUUCAAAGAUUUGAUAGAGACAGCCUAAGCCCUCUUUCCUUAUCAUCGUCUUGUACGCCCCCAGUGGUUCGAAACAGUUCUCAAGCGACGAGGCCUUUUUCACUAUCAAGCUCUUAGCAGAGCAUCGGAACUGCUCUAGGGUACUCAGUCUUUUUCCUCGUCCCCAGAUCGUGACAGAGCAAAUACAACUCUCUUAAUUGGUUCAUUAGUUCACGCACCAAAUAGCGAAUUAGAAUACGACAUGUAAAUUAUAUAUUUAAUAAAAGAUUUAACAGAAGAGUAACUGAAA